GGUAUUUGUGGUCACUUAAAACAACUGUGGAAUGCCCGCAAGGCCAAGACGAGGGAGAGAGAAUCAGGGAAGAUGCUGAAGUUCUUGUCAAAGGUGAGGAUAGAGUUCAACGCGCUUGACCCACGCACGGCCGCGUGCAUGGAGUUCUUGGCACAGUGCAAUGCCCGCAAGGCCAAGGAGUCCAACCCUGGCUGUCAGGUGCUCGUCAAACGCCGGACUGACGAGCAGCCGCCGCAGAUUACAGUCACCUUCGUCAACGGCGUCGAGGAGGCCUUCGACGCCACCACCACCCCGGCACAGACCAUCAGGAACAUGAUUCUCGAGAAGGGUCAGUAUCUCGAGACCGAGCAGAUGUUCCGUGACGCCGGCGAGAAAUGGCCUGUCAUCAUUCCCGACGAAGAGCUCCACCAACCAGCCCCUGGUACCAAGCCAAGGAAAGCAGAAGAGAAGAAGCAAUAAAUAUACCUCGCCCCAUCUGCUUGUUUCUUGGGAUAUUUGUAUUAACCAAAUGUGCUUGAACAGUUUUUCUGGUAAGAGAAAUUCCAAAUAAACAUGAUUUAGACAUUGACAUUAAUUUAUGGAGGUAGCAAUGUAUGUUUGUUUUAUUUUGAAAGCAUUGACCUAUGAAUGUAGUUGCUUGGUUUGUAACUUUUGAAAGCAUUGACCUAUGAAUGUAGUUGCUUGGUUUGUAA